CAUUGAUGCGUGCGUAUGUGUGUACGUGUGUGUAUACAUGCGCGUGUGUAUGUAUGCGAGAGACUGGAUCGUUCGCAGAAUCGCAAACGAGUCUCUCUCUCUCUUUCUCUCACUGAGAUCUUGGUGGAGACCAGUCGCUUAUUAUUAUCGCGCUACAACGAUCCACUCUCAGUCGCUAUAUCGAGAGAAAACUGAAUUGAAGCAACGUGCGCGCUUGUAUCUUUAGAUCGAAACGCUGAAGAUAUUAAAAGAUUCUCAAGAUUGUUAAAAUAAAGAUUGUGAGAUACACGUGUUUAAGGAUACAGGGCACUCGUUUUAUUCUGCCCUAUUGCAUUGUGAUGCGGAAGUGACGGUGCAUCGAUCGUGAAGACAGUGAAAAUUGAUAAUCUGAGACGGAGAACGACACUUGGGAGGGACGUGCGGCAAAGAAACGGAGAUAUGGAAACGACGUGAAAUGUCGAGUAUUGCAUGCCGAUAAGAUCGUGAAGUCACGAUUAGUUCAAGAUUGGCGCAGAAGCGAUCGUAAGACACCGGAGCAGACGAUUGUGCUCUCGGGGCACCUUCGGGGCACCUUCGUAAGUGAAGGCUAUGUGAAACGUGUUUUUCUGACGCGAUGUUACGUCGACGCGCAAUUCAUAUGGUGAAUCCGACAUCGAGUAUCGAGACGACUUCGUAAAAGCGGUCUGUCACGAUUGUGAAAUUAACGAUUCAACGUUAUUCGAAAAAAAUACACGAGAUUUGCGUCGUUUUUGGGGUCUGCGUGAAAAUUUUUAUCAAUUCUUUUUGACAGUUAUUACGAUUUAUAUUACACAAGAUAUAUAUAUAUAAGAAAAAUCAAGGCAGUACACCAUGGCUCAUUUUGGCCGAAUUACGCCGAUCCGGAUCGAAAAGUGGACACUGCAACGCGUCUCAAUUCCAGAUUGCUCGUCCGUGAGCUCUUUGGAAGAAGAUUCCAGAUCAACUGAAUCCGAGGAUAUGUCUAUCAGUCCAGAUACGUCCUGCCACUCAAGCGCGGACACGGACAAGAAUUUUGAUCUCGAUAAGGAUUUUCGCGAAAAACUAAAAUAUGAAGACAUAAUCGAAAAGAUCGAAAAUUUGCGGCUUGCGCGCAACAAAGAUGCCAAUGAGAACGUCGGCAGAACGCGCCAAAUCAGCAACGAAAACGUGGAUAACCUGGAGUAUCGAAACAACUGCAAAUCAGGAUAUACUGAUAAUGAGGAUAUAAACAAUAACGAGGAUAACAUUACGAGUGAUGACAAUAAAGGCUACUUGCCGCUUAACAUAUGCGACGACAAGAAACGAUGCCAUCCUUUGUACGAUGGGAAUUCCCUGGACGACGAUUCGGAGUCCGAACAGGCGAGACAGCAGGAGCAGGAUGAUUCUGACGAUUCCGAUCUAAUUCAACGGGGACCAGUCAAGCCCAAUUUUCAAUCCCCUCGAGCAUUAUCCUAUCCUUACUCCAUGAUGACCUGGCUACAAAUGACGCGUGCAAACGACGGCACAGAUGCCGCCUACGCGGUAGACUACGACAAAACUGCCGAGCAAAUCUUAAGGAACAAGGAUUACAGCGAGAAACUGAAUCCUUGCUUAGAUCAGUUAUCGGAUUCGAGUCGAAAUCAGACGUUGAUCGGAGCGAUGAAUUUGGGGAUGGAACCCAAUUGGAUCGAAGAGAAUAACAAAGAUAUUUUCCGUAACGGAGACUCUAACAAUGAUACCGCGGCACUUCCCUCCAUAGUUGUCGACGAUCCGGGAGAAGAGUCCUUGAUGGACAUCCUGUCGCAUGGCGGUUUUCAAGCCGCAUUGCUCUCAGAUGCCGGCAGUCACUCGAUUCCUUCGCCAGGCGCGAAAACCUGGUCCGAUUCUCCAGCGAGUAGCUACAACUACGUCGUCUCGAGGUCGAACAGUCGGGCGUCGAGUCGCGCCCAAUCACCGGGUUCCGCUACGAACUUGGAAUCACCGCAGAUGCACGUCAACGUCAUCGGCAGUCCGCUCGGCUCACCGCAGGUUGCAUCGACAUAUCGUGUGCCGCAAACGUUAUCUUCCUCAUCCUCGUCCAACCAAUCUUACAGCGACGUAUCCAGCCCGAAUUAUCAGACAGCCCUUAAUUAUCAGACUGAGGAACAGCUUGGCGAAUCACUUUCCGGUUGGAAAGGUAUCUACGAGUCUUCGGGAACGAUAGUCAAUAGCAGUGAUACAAUCGACUGCGCGUUGCUCCAACUCGUAGAGCAGGUCAUAGAAGAGGACAAGCAAGGGAAAACAUUGAAGGAGCCGCAGGUUGUCUCGAAUACCUCUUGCUUCUCAUCGGCCUAUAACGACCGGUGUGCAUCCGUACAAACAUUGGGGAGUGAUGUGAAUCCUGUAUCGCGCGAAUGUCCUAGGAGCGGCAUGCGAAGCGAAAAGCUGGAGGUUUGUUUGGGUAUACCCAACACGGACCCCAUCCAAGUUGGGGAUCUGCCCAUCAAUAGCGAUCUCGUAUCGGUUUACGCGAGCAAGGGGAGCACCGGAGGAUGUGCAUUUGUGAAUCGCGCGGUGAACGGUCACGCUACAAACAUGGAACCAAGGUUCUACGAAUCGCACGCGAAGAACAACCAGGUCGACACGUCAGUUGUGUUGCAGCACGAUGCGAAUACUCUGCACGAACUCGGACUGACCGAUGAGACAUCCGUGAAGACAUCUGAACCGAACUUAAGGACGUCACAGAAGGAGUACACGAUUUUCCAUGCCGCCGGUGGAGAAAAGAGAUAUGAUCAGCCACCGUCCACGUUUGUACCCAGCGAUUAUCAAAUACCAACGAUGGUCUCCUCGUUUGUACCCAAUCCACAGAGGAACUUGAAUCGAGGUAUAAUACCGUGGCCUUCGUUAAACUUACCGUCUGUAAGAGCAAGUGAGAGGCUGAAGGAAGGAUUACAUCCUAAGGAAGUGGAAAGAGCCAUGAGUAAUCUGCUGAAAAAGUCCAUAGAGGAACUAGCAGCCACAGAUGAGGAUGGUGACACAGCGCUAAUGUGCCUGGUGGGCAACCCAGAGGAAUUAACAAAGAAAAAAGCUUAUUUGGUGCCAUUGGUCGAAAGAUUGGGCAACUUGCCGAGUGCUCUAUCAAUUGUGAAUAAUCGCAACGAGGAUGCUUUGUACUUAGCCGCUAUGAAUUGUCCGGAAAUGCCGUAUGUCACCGGAUAUCUAGCUGCUGCAAUGAUACAGAAAGGGAUCGAUAUUAACCAAACAUUAUAUCAUAUGCACGGCGACACGCUGAUACAUUCAGUUGUAGCACGCGGCGAUUCUCACGGGGAGGUCUUGGCGGAACUGUUAACAUUGAAAACGGUGCAAGGAAAUCCCGUGUUCGAUUUAUCGAGGUGUAAUUAUGAUGGGAGAACCGCUCUUCACAUCGCAGUUGAAUCGCACGAUCCUUUCGGACGAGGCGUCAAAUCCUUGGGCAUAACGGAUCUUCUCUUGAAAAAUGGAGCAAAUAUCAAAAUCAAAGAAAGCAAAUGCGGCGAUACUGCUUUACAUAUGGCAGCCUCAUUGAGUUGCGAUCCUGCACUCGUGAAGGUAUUGCUGCGCAAGGCUACUUCGAAUGUUGUGAACGAGAUCAACUACAUGUAUAACACACCGUUGCACAUGGCCGCGGCGGUUUCGAAUAAUGUAGACUUGGAAAAGCAGAAAGAUGUCUGUCGACUUUUAAUACAAGCUGGAGGCCAGACGAACAUACAGAAUCGGCAAGGAAAGACGCCGUUGGCGCUCGUAUUGACAGAAAGAAAAGAAGCCAUCAAGAGGAUAUUUUACAAAAAAGCGUGAUAAUGAUAAAAAAGACAUUGAAAUAAAUCCGAUGAUGGGUUUUAUAUAAGACUGAUUUCUGCGGAAGUAUUUAGGAACACUCCUUGAUGGUUUCCGCUCCAUUUUGUGAACUGAUUGCAAUAGGACUCGCGACGUUCAUCACGAGCAAACCUUCAAGACUAUGACUCAAGCCAGCAAGGAGGAUCAACAAUACAUACAAUAUUAUUAAUCGCAUGAAAUUAUUAGGGAAAUUGUAAUCCCGAGUUGAGCGAGUCGUUAAGGAGAAAAUGUAAUUUACUAGAAUCUUCGUAUUUGUAAU